CAGCAAAAUCCCACUCCCACUCUCACCCCCCAACCCCCCUCGGCCUUCCUCUCUUCACUCUCUCAAUUCUUUAUUUUCUUUCUUCCUCAAUCGCCAAUCUCAAGUCUACAGAUAUAUACACAAUACAGGUAGAGAGAGAGCGAGGAGAGAGACAGAGAGAGUAAUAUGUUGUUAGGAAAGAGGCCACGUCCACCAAUGAAGAAGACUACAAGCAUGACGGAGUUCACCUUGGAAAUCGACGGCGCCACCAAGUCUGGUGAAGGUACUACAGCUAAUAAUCAGCCGUUUUAUCCUCACAACUCAUUUUAUAGUGGCGGUUUAGAUCAGAGGACCGCCGCCGCCUCUGCCGCGUCUCCUCGACCCCUCCGCUGCAAUUCAGCAGAUUUUGUUGAAACUGCUGAUUUCUUGAGGGCUUGUUCCCUCUGUAAACGCCGUUUGAUUCCUGGUCGAGACAUCUACAUCUAUAGGGGAGAUAGUGCUUUUUGCAGUUCAGAGUGUAGACAACAACAGAUGACUCAGGAUGAGAGAAAAGAGAAGUGUUCAUUCGUAUCGAAGAAGAAAGCUGCAACCGCCGCCGCCGGUGGCGAGACGGUGGCCGCCGUCUAGAUUAGCUUUUCUUAUUUUCACGUACUAGCUGAUGGGAUAAUAACCCUUAAAAACGUGUUCAUUGCUCAUAUUUCACC